AUGAAGAAUCAAAAGACUAAUGUGGAUGUCAUAAAGAACUUAGAAAAUCAAGUGGGGCAGCUUGCAAAACAAUUGGCCGAACAACAAACGAGACCUUCUUUUUCCGCAAACACUCAACCUAACCCGAAGGAGUAUUGCAAGGCAAUCCUUACAAGGAGUGGCAAUGAGGUGAGUAAUGGGGAGAUGAAGGAAAUAGUAGUGGAGGAUGAUGGAUUUGUUGUUGUUGAAGAUGAGAAGGAUGAGAUAGUGGUGGAAAAAGAAAAUGAAAAAGAAGGGGAUGAGGUAGCCGAAAAAGAGAAAAAUGUGAAGAAGAAUAAAAGAGAAGGAAAAGGAGUGAGUACAAAUCCUAUUCAAAACCUACCCUACCCACAUGCACCAUCAAGGAAGGAGAAUGCAAGACAUUAUGCUAGGUUCAUGGAUAUAUUUAAGCAACUUCAAAUAAAUAUUCCAUUCGCCGAAGCAUUAGAACACAUGCCAAAAUAUGCAAAAUUCUUGAAGGACAUUCUCACCAAAAAGAAACGAUAUCCGGACAACGAAACCAUUAUGCUUGAUGCUCAAUGUAGUGCUAUCAUUCAAAGAACUCUUCCAAGAAAAGAAACCGGUCCGGGACGAGUCAUCUUACCGGUCACCAUUGGAGGUACUUACAUUGGCAAUGGUCUAAUUGACUUGGGUUCUAGCAUUAAUCUCAUUCCUUUGUCUAUCAUAAAGAGAUUGGGGAAUAUUGAAAUGAAGUCUACCCGAAUGACAUUACAACUAGCCGAUAAGUCCACAACCUCACCUUAUGGAGUUGCUCAAGACAUAUUGGUAAAAGUUGACAAAUUUUUGUUUCCGGUAGAUUUUGUGGUGGUGGAUAUGGAAGAAGAUAGAGAUGUUCCGUUGAUUCUUGGAAGGCCAUUUAUGAAAACAGCCCGGAUGAUGAUAGACAUUGAUGACUGA